AUGAAAAUCAAGCCAUCAAAAUCAAGGAUCAUCUCUAUUGUCAAAGGGCUUGUUUCAUCAUUUGGCAACACUUACAUACGUAGUAUCUUCUCAGUGGAUAACGGUGAUUCUUCUCAACCAGGGAUCAGCCCACUUGUUUCUUGUGUUGUUGCACAACUUCAUUUUGUGUCUGAUACUUUGACCUGGGAUGAUGCACAGAGCUACUGCAGGACUAACUACACUGACCUGGUAACUAUUAAUAAAGAAGAAGAAAAUCAGUCGCUCUUAAACAUCUCAGGAAAACAAGAAUUUUGGAUUGGGCUGAAACGUUACAAUGACAACUGGCAGUGGUCAAAUAAGGAUGAAGUUACAUAUUCAAAGUGGAAAAGAGAUUUCUUCUGUGCUUUUAUCCAGUCUGAUGGCUCCUGGAAUGAUACAGUCUGUUUUGAAAAUUUACCUUUCAUGUGCUACAAAGAAACAAACAACAUCAGUGAGAGGUAUUUCUGGAUAAAUGAGCGCAUGAUGUGGAGCAGUGCUCAGAACUACUGCCGAGUGAUCUACACAGACUUGGUCAGCAUAAGAAAUGAAAGUGAAAAUGAGGUGAUAAAGAACAAAUCACAGGGUACUCCUUUCUGGAUUGGCCUGUUCAAUAACCCUUGGAAAUGGUCUGAUGGAGGGAAUUCAGCAUUUCGACACUGGAGCAUUAGUAAUCCAGAUGAUCAUAAUCAUGAAGAAAAGUGUGUGGAGAAUAACUAUCAAGGAAAUGGAUGGAAUGAUAAUAAGUGCAAUGCACAAAAGUCAUUUUUCUGCAACAGCUCAUGUGGACCUUCAUCACAACAGUAUGUGUCACAACAGCUAACAUGGAGUGACGCUCAUAACUACUGCAAAGUGAACUGCUCAGGUACCCUGAUUACUGUUGAGAAUGAAACCAUGAAUAAGAACUUGAGUAACUGCUGUCUCAACUCCUGGAUUGGUCUUCGGCAUGAAUAUGAUAACUGGAAUUGGUCCAAUUCAGACCCAGUCACCUACACAAACUGGAAGCGUAACUUUUACUGUGCUGUGCUCCAGUCAGAUGGCUCCUGGAAUGACUCAGACUGCAAUGCACUGAAUCCUUUUCUGUGCUACAAUGAAACUGAUAAUAGCAGUAGGAGAUUUGUCUGGAUAAACAGAAGAAUGACCUGGAGCAGCGCACAGAACUACUGUCAAGUGUACUACACAGACCUGGCCAGCAUUAGAAAUGAGAGUGAAAAUAAUGCAGCAAUGGAGAAAAUACAAAACAUUACCUCCUGGAUUGGUCUGUUCAACAACCCCUGGAAGUGGUCUGAUGGGCAGGACUUCACAUUUCAAAACUGGACACUUCAACAAGCAAACAUAUAUCAGAACAAUGAAACCUGUGUGAAAGUAACAAACAAUGAAGACUGGAAGGCAACUGAUUGUAAUACUCAGGAGCCCUUCAUCUGCUCAGAAAAAGGUAUCUGUGAUUUCAGUCAGAAGAGAUUCUUAAAAGAGUUAUAA